AUUCCCAGACUUGUCUAGUUGUUGUUGGCAUUUAACGCGGAGACAGCGUUCGUAGCGCAGCGCGAUGUUCAACGCUAAAGAAUUUGUUUUUUUUUUGUUUUUGUUUUUGAAAUAACACGUUAAGAACCACUAAAUGAUAAUUGUGUAGAAUCGUUAACGAAUCAAGUGCAAAUACCAAAACACAUAUAACUGUAGGUGCAAUCAUAACAAAAGAGAACGAAUUAAAAGUAGAAACGACGCUUACUUAUAAAAGCGAAGAUAACCACGAAACGACGUUGCGAACGGUGCGACGAAAAAUGAUCGAACGGAAUAUCUGUGCCACCAGUUGGUAAAAGAGACAAUUUAACUUUUCAAUAAAGCAAAAAGCUGCUAAAAAACGCGAGUCAAGCAACCAAAUUAUUGUGUAUUUUUUUAAACUAUUUUUGUUGUGGUACAACAAAAAAUUUGCAAUUGCCGUUGCAGUUCGCGGGGUGCAGCUGGUAUUAUUGUUGUUGUCUAACGUGUUUUAUAUUUGUUGUUGUUGCGUUCGGUUACGACGUUUCCGAUGAUCUUGGCCUGUUGUUUGCCUUAUUUUUUGUUUUGUUGAAAUGUUGUUAUUGUAACUCGUUUUGCGCGUGUGAUUCAUACAACAACAACCGCUAACAGAAAAUGCAGUGAAAUAUGCUAAAUGAAAUAAACAAAGCAAAAGGCAAAGCGUAAAACGGCUAAAAGAGCGAGACGAGUGCGUUGACGAGUGCAUCCUGCAUUGAGAGCGCGAGAGAUAAAAACGAUAACAAAAUAAAACAAUACAAAGCGGCGCUCUUUCACACACACACACAGAGACACUAACACACACACCACACACACACAUACGCAACUUUAAGCGCGCACGCACACGCGAUAGUUCUUUCUGUCUGGUGGUAGGUGAACAAAAAAAAAACGUUUUUUCUCGUCGUGUGUACAGCUGCUGUCAAGUGCGCAGCCGUAGCCGCAGCCGCAGCAGCGACGCCAAAGUCCUUUAAGCGUGGUAGUGCAGGCCAUCUCGCUCGCUCGCACACACUGUCCAGCUAGAUGAAUAGCAACGCGCACGCACACAUACAUACAAGCAAACAAACGUAUGCAGCUGCUGAGGAGCAGAUGAAAGGAGAAGAUGAUGCCAAAGCCAAAUGCCAGUAACGGACAACAACAACGUACAGAUGAGCAAAAUAUGUAUCUACAUUAAUAAUAAUAACAACAACAACAACAACAAAAACGACGACGACGACAACGAGUGCAACUGCAAAAAGACAUUCCAUACAAGUGCAUUAUUAUUAAUAUAUUUAAUUGAAGUGUUAUCGAAAGUGUUAUCGAAACUAUGAAGGUUACCGUUUGUUUCGGCGAUGUUCGCAUUUUGGUGCCUUGUGGCACCGGCGAGCUGCUCGUCCGGGAUUUGAUCAGCGAGGCCACGCGACGCUACAAAAAGGCAGCCGGCAAGGAAGCGGACUCCUGGGUGGCCGUACACCAUCUGCAGACACAGUCAGGCAUAUUGGAUCCCGAUGACUGUGUGCGCGAUGUGGCCGAUGAUCGGGAACAAAUAUUGGCUCACUUUGAGGAUUCUGGGCCCGAUCCGGGCGUACCGCAGGGCGGGGGCGAUGGCGCCUCAGGCAGUUCCUCAGUUGGAACUGGUUCGCCGGACAUCUUUCGUGAUCCCACAAACACAGAGGCGCCCACGCGCGAUCUCUCCACGCCGCACAUUGAGGUGCCUAGCACCACGUCUGGCCCAUUGGCUGGUCUGGGCGUCGGCCUGAUGGUGCGUCGUAGCAGUGAUCCCAAUUUGCUUGCGUCACUCAAGGCGGAGGGCAGCAAUAAGCGUUGGUCGGCGGCGGCGCCGCACUAUGCAGGCGGCGAUUCACCGGAACGCCUGAUGCUGGACAAAGCCGGCGGACAGCUGUCGCCACAAUGGGAGGAGGAGGACGACACAGCGGCACAACUGAAGGAGCAACUGCUCCAGCAGCAGCAACAUCCACACGCCGGUGCAGCGGGCGCACACCAGCCAUUCGCUCGCUCCGGCCGUCUGUCCAUGCAGUUCCUGGGCGAUGGCAAUGGCUACAAGUGGAUGGAGGCGGCCGAGAAGCUGCAGCAACUCCCACAGCCGCUGCCAACGUCGCUGCCGAACAGCGCCUAUUCCAGCAAAUCGCUGCCGCGCGAAAGCAAGCGCAAGGAGCCGCUCGGCCAGGCAUACGAGUCCAUACGCGAGAAGGAUGGCGAGAUGCUGCUCAUUAUCAAUGAGUAUGGCAGUCCGCUGGGCCUGACGGCCAUGCCGGACAAGGAGCAUGGCGGCGGGCUGCUCGUGCAGCACGUGGAGCCUGGCAGCCGGGCCGAGCGUGGCCGUUUGCGUCGCGAGGAUCGCAUUCUAGAAAUUAAUGGCAUCAAACUGAUCGGGCUAAGUGAGUCGCAGGUGCAGGAGCAGCUGCGUCGUGCCCUCGAGUCAUCGGAGCUACGCGUGCGCGUGCUGCGCGGCGAUCAGCAUCGUCGCCAACAGCAGCGGCGCGACUCCAAGGUGGCCGAGAUGGUGGAGGUGGCUACCGUGUCGCCCACACGCAAACCGCAUGCCGCUCCGGUGGGCACCUCGCUGCAGGUGGCCAACACACGCAAGCUGGGCCGCAAGAUCGAGAUACUGCUGAAGAAGGGACCCAACGGCCUGGGCUUCUCGGUGACCACACGCGACAAUCCAGCUGGCGGCCAUUGCCCCAUUUAUAUUAAGAAUAUAUUGCCGCGCGGCGCUGCCAUCGAGGAUGGCCGCUUGAAGCCGGGCGAUCGUCUGCUCGAGGUCGAUGGCACGCCCAUGACCGGCAAGACCCAAACGGAUGUGGUGGCCAUUCUGCGGGGCAUGCCCGCCGGCGCCACAGUUCGAAUCGUUGUCUCUAGGCAGCAGGAGCUGGCCGAGAUGCCCGUUGGCCCACCAGAACCAGUUGAGAAGGCAGCGCCAGUUCCCGUUUCUGCUCCGAUUCCGGUUCAAAAGUCAAGCAGCGCUCGCUCGCUGUUCCAGCAACAGCAGCUGCAGCAACAGGCACAGCUCAAUGAAUCUCAGCACUUUAUUGAUGCGGGCAGUGAGUCGGCGGCCUCCAAUGACAGCCUGCCGCCGAGCAGCAGUAACUGGCAUUCGCGGGAGGAGCUGACGCUCCACAUACCUGUGCACGACACGGAGAAGGCUGGCCUUGGGGUCAGUGUGAAGGGCAAGACGUGCUCCAAUCUGAACGCAUCCACGCCCACAACUAACAGCAACAUGAAGCACGACGGCGAUCUGGGCAUAUUUGUAAAGAACGUGAUCCAUGGCGGUGCCGCAUCGCGGGACGGACGCCUGCGCAUGAACGAUCAGCUGCUGAGUGUGAACGGCGUCUCGCUGCGCGGCCAAAACAAUGCCGAGGCCAUGGAGACGCUGCGCCGUGCCAUGGUCAAUAACCCGGGCAAGCAUCCGGGCACGAUUACCCUGCUAGUCGGACGCAAAAUCUUGCGUUCGGCCAGCUCCAGUGACAUAUUGGAGCAUAGUCAUAGCCAUAGCAACAGCAACAGCAACAGCAACAGUAGCGGCGCCAACAGCAACAACAACAACAACAACAACAGCAGUUCCAAUGCCAGCGACAACUCGGGCGCCACGGUCAUCUACUUAAGUCCAGAGAAACGUGAGCCGCGCGGCUGUGGCAAUGGACCUGGCAGCGCUGGCAGCGAUAUGAAUAGAUGGAGCAAUCCCGUUUUGGAUCGUCUAACCGGAGGCAUUUGCUCCGCAAAUUCAGCACAGCCAACACAACAACAGCAACAUCCGCAGCAGCAGCAACAGCAGCAGCAACAGUCGCAGACGCAACAGCGUCGCUUGCCACCUCCGCCGUUGGGUGGCAACAACGCGGGUUUGCGCAACGAAAGCUACUACAUGGCCACCAAUGAUAACUGGUCGCCGGCGCCGCUGCAGCUGCUGAAUGGGCACGGCAACACGGCGCUGCUCAUCGAGGACGAUGCGGAGCCGAUGUCACCCACGCUGCCGGUGCGCGCACACGAUGGCCAGCACUGCAACACGAGCAGCGCCAACACAUCGCAAACGAGCGUCGGCAUGGGGCAGACCAGUGGCGUGGCAACGCCCGUCGUGGCUGGCAAUUUCGAUGCCACAUACUCGUCCCAGCUGAGUCUGGAGACGAACAAUUCGGGCGUGGAGCACUUUUCGCGCGAUGCGCUCGGCAGGCGUAGCAUCUCCGAGAAGCACCACGCGGCACUGGAUGCACGCGAAACGGGCACCUAUCAGCGCAACAAGAAGUUGCGCGAGGAGCGCGAACGCGAACGUCGCAUUCAGCUAACCAAAUCGGCUGUCUAUGGCGGCUCUAUUGAGUCGCUGACGGCGCGCAUUGCCAGCGCAAAUGCCCAAAUGGCAGCCGCAGCGGCUGGCUAUAAGCACGCCAAGACCAACUCCCAUAUCGAGCAGCGUGAACAGCAGCAGCUGCUGCUGGCCGCCGAGGCCGAGGCGCGCGAUAAACUGGGCGAUCUGGGUCCAUCGCUGGGCCUCAAGAAGUCCUCGUCGCUGGAGUCGCUGCAGACCAUGGUGCAGGAGCUGCAAAUGUCCGAUGAGCCGCGUUCCCAUCACGCGCUGCGUGCUCCACGCGGACGCGGACGCGAGGAUAGCCUGCGCGCUGCCGUCGUCAGCGAACCGGAUGCAAACAAGCCACGCAAGACCUGGCUGUUGGAGGAGGGCGAUCACGAGGGCGGCUUUUCCUCGCAGCGAAAUGGGCCCUUCCAGAGCUCCCUCAACGAUGGCAAGCACGGCAGCAAGUCGCGCGCCAAGAAGCCGAGCAUUUUGCGGGGCAUCGGACACAUGUUUCGCUUUGGCAAGAAUCGCAAGGAUGGCGUUGUGCCUGUUGACACAUAUGCUACGUCUUCAAUUGUGUCAUCGGCGCAGCCCAACAAUGGACAGUCGCUGCAGCAGCAGCAGCAACAACAGCAGCUGCAGCAGCAGCAGCAGCAGCAGAUACCUGCCGCUGCACUUGCCGCCCUGGAACGCAAUGGGAAACCACCAGCGUAUCAACCACCGCCGCCACUGCCAGCACCAAAUGCAGCGGGUGGCGGUGGUGCAGUAGCCUCUGUGGGCGCCACCGGUGCUGCCACACUAAAUGGUGGCAUACACCAAAAUGAUAUAUUCAAUCAUCGCUAUCAGCACUAUGCGAACUAUGAAGACCUGCAUCAACAUCAGAUUAGCGACAGUGUUCAAGAGACGCUCUCGGAGUCGACGCUCGAGUGCAUGCGACAGCAGGUGAUCAGGCAGCGUAUCAAGGUCGAGGCCGAAAGUCGCCGCCAUCAGCAUUACCAUUCGCAGCGCAGCGCCCGUUCCCAGGACGUCAGCAUGCAUUCCAAUUCCAGCCAGCAGCCACCAUUGCCGCUGCCCCCGUCGGCGGCGGCAGUUGCCGGCGGGCAUCAGCAGUCGAACGGCUUGCGUCCGAUGAGCAGCUACUACGAGUACGACACGGUGCAGCAGCAGCGCGUGGGCAGCAUCAAGCACAGCCACAGUCACAGCCAUGGGCACAACCAUGCGCACCACAAUGGCAAUGCCUCGUCGUCGCCCAUCAGCGUGAAUGUGGCGCAGCCCCACUGGAAGGCAGCGGCGCUCAAUGGCUACUCGCCGGCAUCGUUGAACAGCAGCGCACGCAGUCGCGGACCGUUUGUCACCCAGGUGACCAUACGGGAGCAGAGUGGCAUGCCGCAAGCGCAAGCGCCAACGCAGUCCCAGUCGCAGUCGCAGUCGCAGCAACCCACCUAUCAGGUCGUGCAGAAGAUAGCGACAGCGCAGUCGCAGUCGCAAUAUGGCAGCGCUGCCGGCGCCCAGCCGCAUGCGUCGAAGGUGUGACUAUAGGUGCUGGCGCAUGCGCGCGCCACACGCGACGUCCUCGUGGAGGGCCAGCACAGCCGUCACUCGGAGCUGAGCGAGGUGGAGGUCUUCUACUAUGCCACCGAGUGCUAAAUCAGGGGCAGAGGCAGGUCGCAUGUGAGGCGCCAGCGGCCGGCAAAACAAGCAAUCAACUGGAAAGCAGUUUAAAUACUUUUUUUUUUUGUUUUAAAUACAUACAUAUAUAAAUAUGAAUAAUUUCAUCAUUUGACAAGGGCGGCAAGACAUUCCCCAACACCCCCCUUCCCCCCCACACACACACACAUAGUUAAGCUCAUAAAAUUACAUUAUACAAUGAAAGUAUUCUAUGAGAGAGCGCAUAUUGAAGAGCAACAAAUGCUGCUUUAAAUACAGAUAUUUAAAUAUAUAUAUAUAUAUAAAUAAAUAUACGUAUAUGAAAAGAUUUACCAAUGCAUUGCGCUAAAAUUAAGCUAAGACAUUAAUUGUAUUAAUCGCUAAGCCGAAAGUCAAAGACCGUGUAAAUAGUUAUUAAAUAUAGUUGGAAUUGUGCGUGCCCAGGCGAAACGACAGGAUGAAAGCUAAGGUAACUAACGCAAAGAACGAACCAAUAUAUCAUUUCAUAGUGUAUCUAUUUGUAUAAGCUGCCUUCGAGUCGCAAAAACAUCGUAAACAUUUCCUAAAAUAUUCCCUAAAUUAUGCUAAAUGAAAUGCUAUUCAUAUCGAUUGUAUACAAAAAUGAAAA